GAUUUUUUUUAUUUCUCUACAUGAAGGUGGAAAGUAUAAAAUCUUGUCUUACCGUACAAACAUGGUUACAAAACUUUCAGAGAAUUUUAUAAAUAAGGAAAUGUUAAUUGACUCUCCUCUUAGAGAAAACUUAAAAUAAUUGACUCAAUUUAUUUGGUGCUUAUUUCUUCUUCUUCUUCUUCUUCUUCUUCUUCUUCUUCAAUAUGUAUUCAGUAGAAACUUGGGUCUUGGUGAAGAACAUAGCAAGUAUCGCCAUAGGCUUUUCAGUCUAUAAGAUCCUUUGCAUAAUAUUCCCACCAUUCAAUUUUCCUAAAAAUAUUCCUACAAUUCCAUUUUAUGUUAGUUUUUUAGGUUUAAUUACAAGCUUUGACCAAGAGGAUAUAUACAAGAUAUAUUUGAAAGAGAAAAUGGAAAAACAUGGAGCAGUUAAAAUAUAUUUUGCUUCAAGGUGGAAUAUACUAGUUUCAAAACCUGAAUAUUUACUUGAAAUAUUUAAAUCAGAAGAUAUAUAUGCUAAAAGUGGAAAUCAAGAAAAGAUCCCCUACUCAGUAUUAUCAGAAUAUACUGGAGAAAAUAUAAUAAGUGCACAUGGUGAAUCUUGGAAGCUUUACAGAAGUAUCUUAAAACAGUCAAUUCAGUUUCCUAAGCUUGAACCAGUCAAUCAGAAUACAAAGAAAUUGAUUACUUUGUUGAAAACUGAAAUCAGCAAAAAUGGAAAUAUAUUACAUGUGACAGAUAUUCUACAGAAAUACUCUCUUGAAAACAUUGGAAAAUCAGUAUUGGGGAUUAAUUUCAAAUGUUUGGAAGAUGACGAAUCAAUAAUACACAAUAAAAUUAAAUUUUUGAAGCUGAAAAUAUUCAAUCCAUUAUAUCUAAAUUUUCCAUUCUUAGAUAAGCUUCAAAUUCCAAGCAGGCAAAAGGCUAGGAAAGAAGUUAUUAAGUUUAGGCACUACUUUAUUAACCAAAUAUUCACUUCAAGAGAACCUUCUGGAACACUUGGAACAGCUGGUAAUAAGUUGGUUGAAGCUUAUGAUAAUCAAGACAUAACCAUGAAACAAUUAAUAGAUAAUUCUAUUAUUUUAAUGGUAGCUGGUCAUGAAAAUCCUUUAUUGCUUAUGUUGUCUUUGUUGUUUGUCAUAGCAAAAUAUCCAUCUGUACAAAUUAAGAUAAGGAAUGAAUUAAAUAGCAAAGAUUUGGAAACUCCUUAUUUGUAUUCAGUGAUUUAUGAAACCUUGAGAAUAUAUCCACCACUUGGUCAAAUCAUCAACAGGAAAACUACUAGAAAUAUUAUCCUUGGAGGAUUAAUAAAAGUACCUAAAGGGGUAUAUGUAGGAUAUAAUAAUUUAGUAACUGGUAGAGACAAAACUGUUUGGGAAUUUUCUGAUGAAUUUCUUCCAGAGAGGUGGGGGAAGACAUCUAAUGAAAUUCAUAGUAAUUUUACAACUGCCAAGAGGAAUGCCACACUCCCGGCUUUCCAUGGUCGCAAAAGAGCAUGCUUGGGAGAAAAGUUUGCAAUAUUUGAAGUAAGGGCUCUCAUUAUUGAAAUCAUGAGCAAUUUUGAAAUUUCCUUAGUUGAAAAUUGGAAAGAGAAAAUAACUGCAGCAGGUCCAAUAUGUCCUUUGAAACUUCAAAUUAAAUUUCAAGAGAUUAAUUAGAUUCUAUUUAGGUAAUAAAUAUAACGCAUUUGACGCAUCUUAAAGCGCAAAUUUAUAAUUGCUUAAAUUUUUCGCAACACUUUUUGAGCAAAUUUUAAACU